CUCAAAACCCCUCUUUUUCCCUCGCUCUUCCGACUUCCGUCGUCGAGAAAUCCAGAGGCCGCUCCAUCCUCCGCCUCCUCCGGCCGUCGCCGAUCGGACGCCGUCUUUUCGCCAGAAAUGACGAAGUUUAGGAAGCUUGGUAGGCCUGCUGCUCACAGAAUGUCCAUGCUGAGGACAAUGGUAUCGCAGUUGGUGAAACAUGAGCGCAUCGAAACCACUGUGGCUAAGGCCAAAGAGGUCCGGCGGUUAGCAGAUAAUAUGGUACAGUUUGGUAAAGAGGGUACCCUUCAUGCUGCUAGGCAAGCAGCUGCUUUUGUGCGAGGAGAUGAUGUCCUUCACAAACUAUUCACCGAACUGGCCUAUAGAUACAAAGAUCGAGCUGGUGGAUAUACGAGACUUCUUCGAACUCGCAUUCGAGUUGGUGAUGCUGCACCCAUGGCUUAUAUUGAGUUUAUUGACAGAGAAAAUGAACUUAGACAGUCGAAGCCUCCAGUCCCUCAGCCUCCACAAAGACCUCCUAUGGAUCCCUGGACAAGAUCGAAGCUUUGCAAACAGUUUGCACCUCCUAAAGAGGAAAAAUUCUCUGAGCCUGAUGCAUAAACUCGGAAGAGGCCACUUGAUAGUCCUUUAUUUAUCAAGUAAAGGGAUUCCUUUACCCCUCAUAAUCUGUCAUUGGCCAUAUAGAUCAAGAGGAACCUUUGUGCUGUUUAUUUUUGUGCUAUGUAUUUGAGUAGUGGCUUUGGAGGUGAUAAUGAUAAGCAUCUUCAUUCUCCAGAGCAUCAAGCAAACAUAGGCUUGUACCACCGUCAAUUCGAUCAUUCGAUGGUUCUAGGAUGCCUUUGGUGUUUUGAUUUAUAUCAUUUGCAUUUUUGGGUGCUGA